UUUGCAAACUUUCUGUUUAAACGCUCCAGCUUGUGAAUGGAGGUUGUAAAAGGGCUGCAGCUGCAGCAGCAGGAGUUGCUAUUCGCUGUCAUUGCGCGUACAAAGGCUCAUUCCACUCUCGCGGUUACUUUUUGUCUUUCUCUACAUCGACUUCUAGACUAAAUACUGUCACUGAUCAGAGGCGCAACACGGUGCAUUUGCACAAAACACACGAGCACUGUCUGAAUGAAGAGUUCAUCUAAAACAAUGUUGCUAAAAAGGGAAGGGAUUGACCCACGGUAACACGAUACUUUUUGAGCUUUACUGGAGAGCGCGUUUCCAUAAAAAACAAAAACCGAGCAGCUUUGACCAGUUCAUUAAUUAUCGCUUUCGGCUCGCCGUACUUCUUUUCUCACACGUGAUCAUACACAGCUCCCCUUUGCUCGCUCGUUCUGACAGCAGAACGGAAGUGAAACAUCGCGAGAGGAAGUUGUCUUACCGAUUCUCCCCAGGAUGCCUUGCGCUUACAGAUUUGGAGGAAGGUCACGUGCGCCUUUCAAAAAAGCAGAGAAUUGAAGCUGUUUUAAAUAAACCCAGGCCCUGUCACAGAAAUUUUGCAUGGGGAAACUAUGGCAAGAUAUCUUUCUAACCUGUCCAAGAUUGCUGUAGGCAGAGAAAGAGUUUCAUUGAGUACCAUGGUGAAAUAUCCCAGAGUAGUCCUGGGGAUAGAAACAAGCUGUGAUGAUACAGGGGCUGCGGUUGUAGAUGAAAAUGGUACCAUACUUGGGGAAGCCUUGCACUGUCAAAAGGACAUUCAUUUGAAGAGUGGAGGUAUUAUUCCUACUGUGGCCCAGCAACUUCACAGAGACAAUAUUAACAAGGUUGUGGAUCAAGCUAUCCACGCCAGCGGGAUUUCUCCUGAUGAACUUUCUGCUAUUGCUACCACUGUCAAACCUGGACUUGGUCUGUGUCUUGGAGUAGGCCUUUCCUAUAGUCUAGAGUUGGUGAAUAAAUAUCAUAAGCCAUUUAUUCCCAUACACCACAUGGAAGCACAUGCACUGACUGUUAGACUUUUACACCCUGUGGAGUUCCCUUUCUUGGUGCUGUUGAUCUCAGGAGGUCACUGCAUUUUAGCCGUAGUCAGUGGCGUAUCAGAAUUCAUGAUGCUUGGCCAGUCUUUGGAUGAAGCCCCAGGAGACACAUUGGACAAGGUUGCAAGACGGUUGUCAUUGAUAAACCACCCAGAGUGCUCAGCUAUGAGCGGAGGAGAAGCAAUAGAGCACUUGGCACUGCAGGGGGACAGAAUGAUUUGUAAACUCAAGAUUCCGAUGUCACACCACCGAGACUGCAAUUUUUCUUUUGCUGGGCUGCGUAACCAAGUAAACAAGGUCAUCGAGCAAAAGGAGGCAGAAGAAGGCAUAUGUAAGGGGCAACUGCUGACUUGUGUAGCCGAUAUUGCUGCUGCUGUCCAGCACACAGUGGCUCAUCAUUUAGCCCAGCGGACACAACGAGCUAUUUACUUUUGCAAAAAAGAAGGACUGCUACCAACUGAGCGUGCAUGCUUGGUUGCAUCUGGUGGAGUUGCUAGCAAUCGUUCUAUAAGAAGAGUUCUGCAAACUGUAACUGACAAAUCAGAUAUGACCUUGUUGUGUCCCCCGCCAAUGCUCUGCACAGACAAUGGAGUUAUGAUUGCAUGGAAUGGAAUUGAGAAAUUACGGACAGGUGUUGAUGUUUUACAUAACGUAGAUGGUGCCAGCUAUGAACCAAGAGCAUCUCUUGGAACAGAUAUUUCGAAACUCGUGAGAAAAGCCGCAAUUAAAGUGCCACCUAUAAAGAUAUAAAGUCUCUUCCUGAAUGCUAAAUUGCUUGUUUCAAUAUGGAUAAAGGAUAUUGGAAUAUCACCAAAAUCCAUUACUUUUACCAUUCCAUCAAACAGCUUUUCAUUUAACUUCAAUACUGGACAAGGACUGGGCCAAUUGAGAGCAUUAUUAUUUAUAUUAAAUACAUCAGAGUAAACUUUUUCAUUGAUUUCCCUGAGAAAAAUGCAAUAAAGAUUACUGCUGAA